GAGGAACAGGGUGGAGUCACGGGUAGGGGAGGGGGAGCCGAGUCAUGGGUGGUGAAGGCAUCAGUCUGAUUUCUGGUGACUAAAGUUCAGCCUUCACACCCUUUUCACUUCAACAUCACUGAGAUCAUUUCCACAGCUAAGAACCGUUGAAGAUGGCUUUGGUGUCAGAGUUUCUGGGACAGUUGUCUCUCAACGUCGGGUCCAGUGAGCCCAAAUUCCCCACUGUGGUGCCAGCAGUGGACUUUGACCCAGACAGAGAUGCUGCCAGAAUAGAGACGGCUAUCAAAACCAAAGGAGUGGACGAGCAGACCAUCAUCGACGUCCUAACUAAGAGGACGUACCAUCAAAGGAGAGAAAUUGCUUUUGCAUAUGAAAAGAGGACAAAGAAGGACAUGAUCUCGGCUCUGAAGGGAGCGUUGUCUGGCUCGCUGGAAACGGUGAUCCUUGGACUGAUGAAGAGCACCGCUCAGUUUGACGCCUCAGAGAUCAGAGGAUCGAUCAAGGGUUUAGGAACAGAUGAAGAAACAUUGAUAGAAAUUUUGUGCUCGCGCAGCAACGAUGAGCUGGUGGAAAUCAAACAAGUCUACAAAGAAUUGUUUAAGAAAGACCUGGGGAAAGACGUGGCUGGAGACACCUCUGGGAACUUUGCUAAGCUGCUCUUGGCCCUUGUGGAGACCAAAAGAGCCGAACCAUCUCCUGUGGUGGACUAUGAGAAGAUUGAUUUAGACGCCAGAGCUCUUUAUGAUGCUGGAGUGAAGAUCAAAGGCACCGAUGUGAACACCUGGAUCUCCAUCAUGUCUGAGAGGAGCGUCCCCCACCUGCAAAAAGUUUUUGAUAGAUACAAGAAGUACAGCCCGUACGGCAUGGAGGAGAGUAUUGUGAAGGAGGUUAAUGGAGAUUUACAAAAGUCCUUCCUGGUUCUAGUUCAAUGCUUUGAAAACAAACAGCUGUACUUUGCCAAAAAACUGAAUGAGGCCAUGAAGGGUAAAGGAGCCAAGGAGAAGGUUCUGACCAGAAUUAUCGUGUCACGGUGCGAGGUGGACCUGAAGAAGAUCGCCUUUGAGUACAAGCGAGAAUUUGGGCAGUCCCUGCAGCAGACGAUCACAGAACAUACCAAGGGAGACUACCAGAAAGCACUGCUUAGCCUGUGUGGACCUGAGUAGUAAGACGGAUGUCAUUCUCCUAAAGAACUGCUUAUAAAUCCUUGGAAACUUUUACUGGAAGCAUGGGCCUCAUGUGGGAAUCAUGUGGGAACAAAUAACUCUGUUUGCACAAAAGUAGAAUUACAACAUGGAAGAAAGUUUUCCACAGAGGAACUUGUGUUAUAUUCUGUGUUUUUUCAGACCAAAACAUUAAAAGUGUUGCUCUGA